CGUGCAGAAUAAUGUAAAUAAUUACUAUAAGUGGUAUGGCUGUAUAAUUUCGUGUUGUUGCGUUAAACACCCCUUUUAGUGUUUUAGUUUUUUUCAGAAACCCCCGCUUCUUGCGCAGAAUGGUAGGUUCCGUCAUUGCUGUACUCCAUCUAGGAGGUCGCCGUUUCACAGUAAUUCUGAACAGACAUCAUCACUUCACCAGCCACUCACCUGCUCAAUGCCUAACAUGUCAGAAGGUCAAGGGUCAAACUUUUUGGGGCCAUCAGACAUUCAGCGGUCCACUGGUGGACAGGAGGAAUGUACUCUGCUCAGCUCCAUAAUCCAGGAGCCUGCAAGAGCACGACGGGCUUCGAGUGCCGAGCUCCACCUGCCCUGGACCUGCCCGGUCACACACUCCCGUGAGAAGUUCUACACAGUCUGCUCUGAUUAUGCUCUUCUCAAUCAGGCUGCUUCAGUGUACUGUCUCUCCAGUACAGCCAGGAACGUGGACACUGACAAGCACAAUGACGGUCCCCCGCUUGUGAAGCCCAAACUGUCAGAGGACUUCACCACUGGGCAGCUUGCAGGUGCGCAUGUGGGCCCAGACAGGGACUGUGACAUGGAAGAUGUAACUGCCAGCAACCCAAAGCCUAUUUUGGCAUGGGAGAUUGAUACAGCAGACUUCAACGCGGUGCUCACCAGAAAAAUAAGAACAAGCAAUGUGAAGAAGUGCGGCAGCACCAAGAAGAUGAAAUCGUCAGAUCAACCAAGUCGGAAUCUGCAGGAAACUGCUGCUCACGCCUCACUGGAAGAGAUCAAACAGAGGAAAGUGCUGGACCUCAGGAGAUGGUACUGUAUCAGUCGACCACAGUACAAGACAUCGUGUGGAAUUUCGUCUUUGGUGUCCUGCUGGAAUUUCCUGUACAGCACUCUGGGUGCAGGGAGCCUUCCACCCAUCUCUCAGGAGGAGGCGCUGCAUAUUCUGGGCUUUCAGCCGCCUUUUGAAGAUAUCAAGUUUGGCCCUUUCACUGGAAAUGCAACACUUAUGCGAUGGUUCCGACAAAUCAAUGACAAUUUUAGAGUCCGAGGUUGUUCCUAUAUUCUUUAUAAGCCCCACGGAAAACACAAGACAGCAGGAGAAACCGCUGAAGGUGCAUUAAUGAAACUGACACAAGGGUUGAAGGAUGAGUCUAUGGCCUACAUUUACCACUGCCAGAAUCACUACUUCUGCCCAGUGGGCUAUGAAGCCACACCCCUUAAAGCAGCAAAAGCCUACAGGGGGUCUCUGCCUGUUAAUGAAAUGGAAUACUGGAUUUUGAUUGGUGAGCCUAGCAGGAAACAUCCUGCUAUUCACUGUAAAAAAUGGUUGGACAUUGUGACUGACCUGAACACACAAAAUCCAGAAUACCUGGACAUCCGUCACACAGAGAGGGGAAUUCAGUGCCGCAAAACCAAAAAGGUGGGUGGCAACCUUCACUGCAUCAUGGCCUUCCAGAGGGUCAACUGGCAAAAGCUCGGUCCUUGGGCUCUGAAUUUGAAGAAUCUGCGACACGACUUCCAGCACUCCAGCACACAGCGGGCUCAGGGAAGUGUGGUCGAAGACACAGAGGAGAGAACAUCAGCCAAGUGUCUGGUCCAUUUGGGACGAUCACACAGUAUGGGAAGUCAGAAGGACGGUGGUUGGAAAUGUCUGUCCAACAGUACAGAGUACAGACAGAGGAGCUCCCCUGACAGUGAUCUCGAAGAGGACGUCACAGACUGAGAUGGUCCUUCACUGCUGAGGAGCUGAUCAGGUCACACAUUACAAUACACUAGCCCUAGGAUAAGUUUUAUUUGGUCAACUUCUGUAUUUCUUUUUUUAAGACUAUGAGAUGUCAACCCCCGCCUCGAGCUGCCGCUUUUAGUAUUCCAAUACUAAAAAGGCGAUAUGUUUGUUCAAAUUAUCUACAAAACCUGCUGCUGUCAAGGUGAACGUUUUUCAGACUGGCAGUGACAAGCAAUCACAAGCCGACCUGCUACUCCCAACUUUUCAAGUGAAGGAAGGAAACAAACAACAUCCAAAAUAGCAUUGGCUACUGUACUAG